CGCUUGUCGGUAUCGCUAGUUUACACACACACACACACACACACACAUUUACGCGCGCAGUCUCCUUGUUCUGUACACGUAUUUUCAGCGGACGAUGAUUUUGUGAUCGCUUGCGAUUUAACGUCGUGUGUCGUCGUCCUCGUUUGAAGUGUCGGUACCUGAAAAAAGUCAUAGCACCACUUUAUUGCGCUUAAAAAGCAUGUAAGUUGCGACUUGACGCGGCCGAGUGAUAUGCGCUUACCGCCGUGUUCGCGCUCUCAUCGACGGAAUGGCCAUCGGCGACGAUGACUCCAGCAGGUCAGUCGAUAAUAACGACCGCAUCUUAAUCAUUUUUGUCUCGGCCACUGGUAGAUGUUAAAGAAGUAUAAAAAAAUACACGUGCUCAUAAGCAGUCUGGGGGUUAAUGAAGUCGUCUAGUCAAACUAAAAAACAAUCAACGGGUGGCCAAUAUGAAAAUAUUCUAUUGAUUGUGUUGUUCUUGGCAAUUCACUCGGAAGCGAUCGUUCCAUCAACGCAGAGUUUAUUAACGCAAAGGAUUCCAAAAUAGUGUUGUAUUAAUAGGCCGUUUCGAAAUAAUAUAAAAUAAAAAAUAUUUCAACGCGAUACGUAACUUUUCAACUCGACAAAAAUGACUACUUAAAACAUUUUUUUUAGUGCAAUAAACGAGGGAGACAUUUUAUCAUGUACUAUGCGUUUUCAUGGAAAUAUUUAAAAUUCACUCAAAAAAUAAUCGUGUCCAAAUAAUCUCGCAGUAAUUUAAUAAGCAAUUACAAUUAUUCAUAUAAAAAUAACCAAUUAUGAUUGCAACUAUAAAGAUACGAAAAGGUAAAAUAUUUUCAGAUUUAAAGUGUCAAACAUUUUUCAAGAAUCGUUCAAAAUUUUUUCUGUAUGAUUACUAAAUGUUACUAUUAAAAAAUAUAUAAACAUUCUCCUAUAACACUAGCCAUUCGAUUUCCGUCCAAUAGUUCUUAUCGACCAGUCAUUUUCUUAAUUACAUAGUUUUAUUUUUUAUUAGCUAGUUAAUUGUGCAUGUUUCUAUUUGAAUAUAUAAAGUUGACAUCCUUAUAACACACAAGAGAUGAACAUAAAAAUGAUUUCAUUACAGGUAAAUGAAAAUGUAUAUGUAAUUAAUGAAAGUCAAAAAAAAAUAAAAUUCACUAAACAAUUACUAUUUUAAGAGAAAUUGAAUGGCUCCAAAAAGAAUUAGUACAUAAAUCAAAAUUAAUCAUACCAGGAUCUUUGUAUAUUACCAGUAGAAAAUAGUUAAAUGGGAUUUAUAAUAAAAAUUAAAUUUUCCUAUUACUACCCUUGAAAUAUUGUGCUGAUAAAAAUCACUAUCUUAUCGUAGAUUUUCUUUUAUUCCAAACGAAAUACAUAAUUUAGAAUAUAAUUUGAUAGUAGUCCGUUUUUAAAACGUUUAAAUUUUUCCUUUAAAUGCUCAAUGUCUCGAUAUAAUACUAUCGAAAAUGGUUUCUAUUUCGUUUAAAAAUGUCCGUUUCUCUUUAACUUUCUAUCCAUUUUAAUCGGUGCUAUUUAAAAUAAAACCAUAAAUAUAAACUCAUAAAUUUAUUACAUCUGCUUACUUGAAAUGAAACAUAUUUGCUGAAAAUGGACUGUCAAGUUAAUCAGUGAAAUCAAUUGAAAAACAAAUAUUGCUACACGUCCGAUCAAACCUUCUUAUCAUACCUUAGUUACACUCAUUAAUAAUAACAGGGUCAAUGUGUGCGGUGGUUAUAAAAAAUAUGGAUAAGAUCAGACGUGGACGUAUAACGGGUUUCAUAUGCGUGAUCUAUGUGACUUGGAUGGAUCUAAUUUUGUAACGGUGCCCCUUGUCACUUUCUACAGCCGAACACUUGUGCACUCGUACACUUAUACACGUUCGGUGUAGUCGCAAAAUCGCACCUAUGCAAUGGUUUUUUACUCGACUGAUUUAUUGAACCGUUGAAUAAUUUAUGUCUGCCGAUGGUAAAACAAAUAUCUAAGUUGUCAGCCAUCAAAAAGUCUUCAAUGAGUGUUGGAAAAUCCGGCUGUAGUGUGGUCGUAGUGGUGCCCAACGGCGUAGUCUACAACGCCGACAAAGGAAAACCUGGACUCUACCGAUCCAGGAGUCUUCCGCACUUUUUAGGAAACGAUUCCGGCGUGGGAGGAAGCUUUAGCGAUGGUGGAUGUCCGGAUAGUGGUCACCACAAUGGCGCCGGCUCCCCGUUGCCCGGCGUCUGUAGUAAAUCGCAACCGGUCGGCCUGUCCGUAUUGGGAGACAUCCGGCAGCUUGUCACUCUCAAACAGCACUACUACCCAGAGGGCGGAUGGGGUUGGGUGGUGGCUGCCGUGGCUGUAAUCACUCAUCUCCUCACGCACGGCAUACACUUGUCGGCUGGCGUGUUCGUGCAGCAGCUGGUGUACAAGUUCGGUCCGGAUACUGUGAUACCUGCAGGAUGGCUGGGAGCUAUGUCAACAGGAGUGGCCUUAUUGCUGUCGCCGGUAACAAUUGCCUUUUGCCGGCGGAAAUCUACAAGACUGACGGCCGUCAUGGGAGGCCUAAUCACAGCUCUAGGAUGCCUCUUCACCAGUUUUGCCACUCAAUUUCACCAACUAUUCUUUAGUUAUGGAACUGUAAUCGGAAUUGGUGUGGGUAUGACAAGAGAUUGUUCUACUUUGAUGGUAGCUCAGUAUUUUAAACGGAAGCGGGAAUUCGUUGAGAUAUUUAUCGUUUCAGGCAGUGGAAUAGGCAUUGCUGUCAUGUCUAGUUUCAUUAAAGGAGCUAUUAGCUCUAUCGGGUGGAGAUUAGGAUUACAACUGAUUACUGCUACUGUAUUCACCACAUUUUUAUUAGGAACCUGCUACAGGUCUGCUUCAUUGUAUCAUCCUCAAAGACGAGCCAUACUUCAUUUAAAAAAUCAAAAACGUAAAAUCAAAGACAAAAACAGACACGACGAUCGACCGCCAUUUUUAGACUUCUCUACGCUCCGGAGCAAAACAGUGCAAAUUUUACUAGUGUCUACGGGCAUCAGUGCCUUUGGAAUCAAUACGCCGAUAUUUUAUUUAGCUCAUCAAGCUGAAGAAGACGGGUUUCCCGACUCAGCACUGAUGUUGCAAGUGCACAUGGGACUGGCAUGGACCAUUGGAUGCAUUGCUUUCGGUCUUAUUGUAGUGAGGAAUUCAGUGGAGUGUCGCAUUGCCAGACAAUACCUAUGUCAAGCGUCUGUAUUCAUGUGUGGGAUCUCCAUACUCGCGUUAACAACAGUUAACGGGGAUCGACAAGGGUAUAUUAUGUUCGCGUGGGUAUACGGUAUGUUCUGUGGUGGUUAUCAUUAUUCACUGAAGAUGUACACAUAUGAACGAGUCAGAGCCAGAAAUUUUGCAAGGACUUGGGGAUUUGUUCAGUGCUCGCAAGCUAUACCAAUUGCGUUGGGUGUGCCCAUAUCGGGUUACAUUAACAUUGGUUUUGGCGGUAAGACCGGCUACUAUUUUAGUUCAGCUUGCGUACUACUCGGAAGCUUGACUAUGUUUUUCAUCGAUUUGCAUAGGAGAAACGUUGCUCGUCACAAACAUAAUGAAUCUGGAACAAAACAGUUAUGUGUGUCCACUUCAUGUCCUCAACGACGUAAAUUAUCGUUUACUGUUGAACCGGAAGAAGUAGUUGUUGUUGAACCUCCGCUAAAUAUACAAGGCAACAUCGUAGGUAUGGGACUACUUACACCAGGCGUCAUUGGUCCUACCGACAAACCAGAACUCACUUGCAUAUCUGAAGAGGGCAUCGCAGAUAUGGAUUUACCAGACAAUCUACUCGAUGAUCUCGACUACAUUGGAGAUUGUAUAACGUCCUGCAAUAAGGUGGAGAACUACUUAAUGCUAAGCGAGUUCGAAAAUAAUUUGAUUGCCGAAAUGCCAGUUAUAAUGGACCGGAAAGGACGACGAUGGUCACUUGCCAAACAAGCCGAAGAAGAGACUCCGAAGGGUGGUAAAUGGCGGUUAGUGGCUGGUCCUAACAAUAGGCUGAUAACUGUCAUUGAUGAAGCGUCCGUUUAAAACUAUUUAUAUUGUGUAGAUUAUUUGAUUUGUAAUAAAUAUUUAUUUAAAAUAUUAUAAUUGAACAUUUCGUAAUGUAAUGUUGUGUUCAUUUUAUCUUUAUUUUAUAAAUCAAAAGUUCCCAUACUGCCUGUAGAGAUGAAUUACAUCACGUUAAGUUUGUACAUGCAAAGUAUUUAAUGUAUUUAUUUUAGUUAAUAAUUUCCUAGAUAUUAUUUUAUUUAUUUGUUGUAUUUAAAAUUAUCUUAAUGAUUUACUAUCGCCCAUAUGUUUUUAAACUUACCUGACGUACAUUUUCUACACAGCAAAAUUUUACAGCAUUUUCAACUAAAACCUUAAUAUUAUAAUAAUAAACAUAUGAAAGCAUUUAACUGCCAAUAUUUAUGAUACGAACUCGCUAAUGUAUCAACUUAAUCAAUUUAUUUCAAUUAUAAUGAAUUCAAUUAUGUUAAAUUUAUUUAGGUGAAAACAAUUAUUUGUACUUUGAGUUUUCUUCUUUCAAAAUAUACAUUUUCCAUAGAAUUCAUUAAAAAUAAAAUAAUUAAUUUUUCAAAAUUUUGAUAAGAUUUUAUAAACAUUAAAACAAUGCAAAGGUUGUUGAGAGUAAAUUUAAAAGAAGAAAUAUUGUAAACUAUUGUAUAGUGUGAAUUGUGAAUAAGUAAUGGAGAAAAGGCAAUAUAAUUUUUUACGACUUUA